AUGUUGCCAGUUGUGCAAGGCGAUUAUACUGCAACUUUACCGGAGGUCAAGUUUACCCAGCUCUUUAUCAACAAUGAGUUUGUUAAUAGCGUGUCUGGUAAGACCUUCCCAACUGUGAACCCAGCCACCGAGGAGAUUAUCUGUCAAGUUCAAGAAGCUGACGGAGCGGAUGUGAAUAAGGCAGUUGCAGCUGCGAAAGCGGCUUUCCGCAGAGACUCGCCAUGGCGCACCAUGGAUGCCUCUGCUCGUGGUCGAUUGCUAUACAAACUGUCAGAUUUGGUCGAAAAGAACGCUGAAUAUAUUGCCGCCUUGGACGCAAUCGAUAAUGGCAAAGUUUUUUCCUCUGCUCUCGGCGACAUCCAGCUCUCAGUUGGGGUUAUUCGCUACUAUGCUGGCUAUGCGGACAAAAUUCAUGGCAAAGUCAUCCCUGUCGAUGGCAACACGGUAACUUUCACGAGACACGAACCUGCUGGAGUGGUUGCUGGAAUCAUUCCAUGGAAUUACCCAUUCUUUCUAUGUACUUUGAAAAUGGCUCCUGUGUUGGCUGCUGGCUGCACACUAGUGCUGAAACCUGCUGAACAAACACCAUUGUCUGCCUUGUACUUGGGGAGUCUGAUUCGUGAUGUCG